CCUCUCUUCACUGCUCGUGCAUCGCACUUUCCAACACCAAUAUCAAACAACAUGGCAGGAGAAAAGUUUCCCGCGAUAGAGGGCGGCGGCUCUUUGAUUCUGGCGUGGCAAGUCCGCAACAAGAAGGUCCUCGUUGUCGGCGGCGGUGAGGUAGCAGCUGGACGGAUCUUGAAUCUUCUCAAUGCCGACGCGAAAGUCUUGCUCGUAUCGCCGCGCGAAGGUCUCAACCCCGAAGUCGCAUAUCGUGUGGAGCAAAAGCAAGUGGAAUACAUCGAUCGGGUGUUUCAGCCGUGGGACUUGGACGACCCGGACAUCAGCAUGGUACUGACCGCGAUCGAUGACCCGGAUGCGAGCAGUCGGUUGUGGAAGCUGUGCAAGAAGAAGGGGAUACCCGCGAACAUUGCAGACGUGCCGCCAGAAUGCGACUUUUACUUUGGAUCUGUGCACCGCGACGGACCCCUGCAGAUUAUGGUGAGCACGAAUGGCAAUGGACCAAAGAUGGCGAAUAUCGUCAGGAGACGGAUAGCAGGGAAUCUGCCGCCGAACAUGGGAGACGCCAUCAAGAAGGUUGGGAAGCUGCGGAGGAGGCUGAGAGAGAUGGUGCCGGAGGUCGAAGCGGGCCCAAAGAGGAUGGGCUGGAUGUCCAAGGUCUGCGUGCAGUGGAGUCUGGAAGACCUCUGUGAAAUGGACGAGGAUGACAUGGAGAAGCUGCUGCAAUACUACGCGCCGGACCAAGUCCCAAGCUUCACAGAUGUACGAGGGCCGCCAUGGGAGUUCGACGGUAGUUUUGGCUGGGCCUGCGUCGUGUGAUGAUGAUAGUAGUUCGCUUUGUUUCUCAUACCAUGUAGCCAUAGG